UUUUUCUUCGACUCCUCCUUUUAUAAAAGACUGCACUUUUCAUCCACCUCGUGAAACGAUUCAUGUGACGCCAUAUGCCUUCAUUGACUCCCUUUUUUAAUAAAAGCCUGCCCUUUCCAUCCGCUUCAUGUGACGAAGAAAAAUUUCCUUUUCUACGAUUUCUACUUUUAUGAGCUGUCAAUAAUUCCUUUUUCUUCGAUUCUCUCCUUUUAUGAAAACCUGCCCUCUUCAUUCACAUGUGACGCUUCAAAUGCCUUCAUUGACUCCCCUCUUCCUGCCAUUUCCAUCAACUUCAACUGGCGGAUUCCUUUUUCUUCGACUUUCACUUUAUGAUCUUUAUUUUUUCCUUCAAAGUGCUGUGUUAGGUCCUAAUUUUUUAUAG